GUUACCUCGAAGAGGGGCAGUGAGGGGUAACAACCAAGCAGAGGAAGGGGAUCAUCUCCGUGCCGGGUUAAAUACUCUUACCCUCUUACCCUCUUACCCUUCUAAGUUCUAACAGAGUUAAUCCGCCAGAUCAUUCCUCUGAACUCACAGCUUGCUUAUCAUGUCCCAGCAGAAAGAGGAAGAGGAGAAGAGUAGUGGCACUUACGAGGGCGGCUGUCAUUGCGGUUAUAUCAAGUUCAGCGUCACCCUGACACCCGCUCUGCCCGAGACAAAGGUGCUCAACUGCAAUUGCUCCGCGUGUAGACGAUUUGGUUAUCUUCUCGUUUACCCCGAGGCCUCGGCUGUUACUUGGCAUAACGAUAGCCGCGCCCGCUGUAGCAACUACCGCUUCAACACGAAAGAAAAGGACCAGAUGUUCUGCAAGCACUGCGGGGCCAGCAUCGGCAUCGACUUCCGCGAGGUUCACGCGCCGAAGCACGUUUACGGUAUUAGUGUCCGCACUUUCUUCGACAUCGAUCUCGACUCCCUUACUUACAGGAAGUUGGAUGGACGCAACAAGGUUCCGCCAACGGGGGAUCUGUCUGGUCAGUAUUGGGAUGAGGAGGCGCAUGAAUUGAAAUAGAGAAGGGCUUUCCGGACUGUCCGGUUUCUCGCGCCGGACGACCGUCACGGGUCUAUCCGGUAUAUCGGCCAAGAGGCCAUUGAUUAU